AGUCGUACAUGUAUGUGUAUAUUCUAACCAGUUUAUGCAUAUGAUUUAUUGAUAUUUUUUAUUUUUUUUCCCCAGUUUACCUAUAUGGAAGUAUGUUUAAAGGAGGCACUGCUUUUUAAAUCUGUGAUUUGUAUUUGAGUAAUUUCAAAUAUUUUUGAGCAAUCCAAUUUUAGUGUUUUUUGAGCAGUUUAAUUUCAGUGCUUUAUUAGCUUGUACAUGGCAACUUGGAUUGUAGUUCCUUUUUCUUCAAUGUUUUUGAACCUCGUGUUGACCAAGACUUUACUGAAAAAUACCUGCAUUCUGAGCCUGUGCCUGGCUUUUCUCUUGGGUCAUCUGAAUACCUAAGUUUUCCGUCAAAAAGUUUAUUUGUUUUUUUCGAAAAAAUAUAUUUGAAUUUUGGGUGGGUAUUAGGUUUUGUUAAUAUUUCAAAAGGAGAACUCUUGAUCAGUAAUCAAUAUACUGUAAUUUAAGGUUCUUUUGAUUUCUUAGCAUAAUGGGCCUUUAUUUACAAGUUGGACUCAGUGAUCCUUGUGAGUCCAUUCCAACUCAGGAUUUUGUGAUUCUUGUACAUUCUGAGUCAUUAAAUUGUUAAUAGCUCACCAGAUGAAUUACAGGUUGUUUCAGUUUAAAUUUUAAAAAAAGAAAUUUGAAGGUGCUUAGCCUGUAAAUGUAACAAUUAUUAUUCAAUGUCUAACAGGGCGCUUUGAAGAAGAAUUUAUCAAAAUGCGCAUGGAGAGGCUGCAAGCUUGGAUGACGAGAAUGUGUCGCCAUCCUGUUGUCUCAGAAAGUGAAGUUUUCCAGCAAUUUCUCAAUUUCCGAGAUGAGAAGGAGUGGAAAACUGGAAAGCGGAAGGCAGAAAAAGAUGAAACUGUAGGAGUCAUGAUCUUUUCUACAAUGGAACCAGAAGCUCCUGACUUGGACAUGGUAGAAAUAGAACAGAAAUGUGAUGCAGUGGGUAGGUUCACCAAAGCAAUGGAUGAUGGAGUUAAAGAGCUGCUGACAGUGGGACAUGAGCACUGGAAGAGGUGUACAGGGCCACUACCCAAGGAAUACCAGAAGAUAGGAAAAGCAUUGCAGAGCCUGGCACUGGUCUUCAGCACUAGUGGAUACCAAGGAGAAUCUGAUCUCAAUGGAGCAAUAACAGAAGCAGGGAAAACUUACGAAGAAAUUGCCAGUCUUGUAGCAGAUCAGCCAAAGAAAGAUCUUCACUUUUUGAUGGAAACAAAUCAUGAAUAUAAGGGAUUUCUUGGUUGCUUCCCUGACAUCAUAGCAGCUCAUAAGGGAGCAAUAGAAAGAGUGAAGGAAAGUGACAAGUUAGUUGCAACCAGUAAAAUAACGCCUCAAGACAAACAGAACAUGGUGAAACGUGUGAGCACCAUGGCUUAUGCACUACAAGCUGAGAUGAAUCACUUCCACAGUAACCGGAUCUAUGACUACAACAGCGUCAUUCGUCUCUAUCUGGAGCAGCAGGCACAGUUCUACGAAACGAUUGCACAGAAGCUGAGGCAGGCACUCAGCCGCUUUCCUGUGAUGUAGAGAAUAAGGAGUAUUCAACAAUAAAGAACAACUCCAAAGUGCUUUCCUGAUGAGGAGGCAAUGCUAAUAAAAAUUUGUUAGCCUUUGCAAAAAAAAAAAAUCCCAAAAAACCCCAAACCAACAAGAAUCAGUUGUAAAAAAAGUAUUAUUUAAAAUUUUACUUUAUCAGCCUAAAUCAUACAAUAAGGCUCUCCUGUCUUGAAAGCUCUCCCAUUUGUAUCAUUAUUUAAAUAAAACAGCUAGGUAAUGCUCUCAGUUAUAGGGAUCUAAAUUAUCAAACUGAUAUGUUGCCAUGGACUUCGUGAAGACUUGUCAUUCAGAUAUUCUUCCAAAAACUCCAAAUCAACACCAGAGUGACACAUUUGUAGCUUUUUUUUUUUUUAAGUGGGAAAGCAAACAAACUUAAGAAAAUUACUUAAUAUUCUUUAUAUUCAGUUGAGCUCUCCAGCGAUUCAGUAACCAGGAGGAAUUAUAUUCAUGUAUGUUUCUGGCACAUGUCUGUGAUAAUCUCCUGAAUGAACGCUUUGUUCUUAGGUUUUGCUUCCCAUAUGCAGCCAUGGCAUCCUGCUCCCAGUAUAACUUCUGGUAAAUAGAAAUCAUUCUUCCCUCUCUUCUUUUUCCUUCUAACUCAAUCUUGUUCUUGUGGUGUACCACCUCAGAGCUUGUCAGGCUCACUUUUUCACUAUGCACUGUGUAAGAAGACAAAGUACAAACAAGGAACGAGCCAUUCAGGAAAGUGUGAAAAACAGUUUUCCAUACCAGCACUUUGACACCCCCAAUGUUAUGCUGUAAGGCACUGGUGUUUCUCAGUGCUGUACAGGGCCAGCUUCCCCUCUGACAGUUUGUAAUGUUUCAGCAGAGGGGACACUGCCACAUCUAACCCCAACUAGUAGACAUCCCCAAAUUCCCACUAAGCUCAGGUCUUCGUAUAGUAGUAUGGUGUGCUGUUCACACAGGUUCAGGUUAACUUUUUGUUGCCUUCUAAUGCAAACUCAAAGGUGACAAAAGUACUGAAUAACAUAAUUAGUCAAAACACAAACUCUGUUCUUUGAUCAUCAUCUUUUAUCAAGUGACUCAGUAUCUUCUUCCUUACUACUGAAAUACCAUUUGAGGCCUUGGCUUUUCACAGAAUCAAACCAAAAAAGCCAUCACCAACUGUGUUCACAAUGGGCACCAAGUACAGCAAUUCAUUUCUUGCCAUAGGCAAGCAGGAAAGCCAAAAUGCAGUUUUUGCUAAAAUGUGCCUAGAAAAUAAAUGUUUUAAUUUUAAAAAACAACAACUAAAAAGGCAUUUUACCAAGAAGCCAUUCUAAGUGACGGGUACAGUCUGCCGGUUCAAUAGUUGCCUUACUCUGUUUUGCAUUGGUGUUACUUUCUUGUGCUAGAAGGAAAAUCUGGAUCUGCCUGAAUAACCUGAAACCAAACCAAACAAGACUAAGCCUAAGUCUAGAUGCUUCUCAGUGUCACGAGUUUUGUUCACCUUUUAUAAACCUUGUCUUUUUCUCCUCCCAAUUUUAGUUGUUUGCUUUCAAAAUUCCAUAGCGCCGUGUUGUUUGAUACAGCCAUUUAAAUAUGUACAAAUUGUAAAGAAUGUGUAUAAAUGUUUUACACCAAAUGUAAGAUCUGCUUGCAUGUAGAAGCAGCUUAUAUAAUAAAUUGUUACAAUGUGUACAGUAAAUUCUGAAAUCACUUUUUCAAGCCAGCAUUUUUUAGCAUUUGUAUAUUCACUUUUUGGUAAUGAAAUCUCUUUGUAACAGACUCUUCAUUUGGGAGGGGGAAGGGGGUUCUUUUUACCAAUCCUUAAAUAGCUCCAUAUGCACUAAAGUUGAAAGCUCUUUAUCUUGAAUAUAUUGUUUUGGAAUCUUAAGUGUAAGCUCUGCGUUCCCAGUGCAGGGAAGCUAUGACAGUAGCAACUGUGUCAGAUGCAACAUUUUGGCAAAAAAGAAAAAAAAGAAAAACUGUUUAAAGAUUUCUAGUAAAAUGAAGCUAAACUGAUAAUAAAUAUUUAUGUAUAUCCACCA